GCUAACUUCACGUUCCGUUUAAAUCAUUCCGGACACAUUUAACGGUUACUCAGGAAGAAUUUGCGGAUGUGACUCUUUGUUGUCAUAAUGGGUAGAGACCUCACAGGUGAAACACUAAUUGGAUACUUUUAACACAUGGUCAGACAAUGGAUUCACAGGACUAAGAUGGCGAGUAAAUAGCUGCCGGUUUUUUAAAUCCACCGCACCCUCAGCUGAGGACAGUGGUUUUUGUUGCGUGGGUGCUGGCUUACGUCGCCUUUCUGCAUUCCAUCAGGAGGAUGUGGAGCGGGAAGUACGUGCGCAGUCCGCUCGUCCGUUCACUGUUUGUGAACAUGGUCAGCGACAGCGAGGCGGCCGCGAUGGAGACACAAGAGUGGUAUCGGUGCAAUCCUGACCUGCUCGGAGAAUCAGUGCGACACCUGUUCGUCCAGAGCCACUUGGACUCAGGCACUAAGGCUUUUCUUAAGCAGAGCGUGGAGAAGUCUGGCUGGAUGUUCACUCAGCUCUACCACUCUUUCGUAUCAACCGUCCUCAGCCCUCUGGUCUCACGCACCUCCAUUAACGGGUUUCUAGGUCGAGGAUCUAUGUUUGUAUUUUCUGGGGAGCAGUUCCAGCGGCUGCUCCACAUCGGUCCGGAGUGGAGGGCCGAGAGACUCCUGGACCUGGGAGCCGGGGAUGGAGGCGUCACAGAGGUGAUGGGAGUCCAUUUCAGAGAGGUUUAUGCCACUGAGGUCUCACCACCCAUGAAAUGGCAUCUCCAGAGGAAGAAUUACAGACUGCUGGGUAUAGAUGAGUGGCAGCAGCCUGGUUUCCAGUAUGAUGUGAUCAGCUGUCUGAACCUGUUGGACCGCUGUGACGAUCCUCUACAUCUCCUGCGGGACAUCAGGCGGUCGCUUGUUCCCAACACUGGAAGACUCAUCCUGGCUGCGGUGCUUCCCUUCCAGCCUUACGUGGAAGUCGGAGGGAGAUGGCAGCGUCCCAAAGAACACCUAAAAAUAAAAGGAAAGGCGUGGGAGGAGCAAGUAACUAACCUGUCCAAUGAGGUUUUCCAAAGGGCAGGGUUCGAGGUGGAGGCUGUGACCCGGUUGCCAUACCUCUGUGAAGGGGACAUGUAUAACGAUUACUACGUUCUCGAUGAUGCUGUUUUUGUUCUCAAGACCUCAGAUGAUAGUGACAAGUCUGUUCAUUGAAUAACAAACGCCCUGUGGGACUGUCAGAGCCCCUUAGUUUGCUAACUUAUCUUUAUCACGGUAGGUUGCUCCUGGUUGGAUUUUGGUGCAAUUUUCAUAAGCUUCAUGCAUAAAACACAGUAUUUCUGACUUGUUUAGAAUGGGUGAGUCAGGUGUGAAGCUCAGGUACUGUGGUUCCUACAUUUACCAGCCAUCCUGUGUGACGUCGAUACCUCUACUUUUAAGCAAAAAAUAUCCGAAUGGCAGUCUGCCGCUGUUGAAAUGCCGCAGAAGAUCAAGUCUUCUAAGACAUACAUGUUGUAGGUGUUCAUUCUGUAAAGUCUGUUAUCUGUGGGAAGUGUUUACUGUCAGUGGUUCAUCAUUCUGUACUGUCAAUGGGAAGAAUCAUGGUUGAAUCUUUGUUGAAAUUGUACAUUCAUUAUUUCUGUGUCUCAUGCCAACGGUCAGUUUAUACAUACUUGCUGAUUUAACCGAUCUGAAUUGGGCUGCUUAUAUUUUAAUGGUACUUUUUUUAACUUGGGGUCAUUGAUUGGGGGGUGGGGGGGGUGGGGGGUAAUAUGAGGCCUUUUUAAAGCGAGCACAUGAAACUUAAGUUGAACAACGGGAUGACAGUUAAAGCUGCAUUCAUCAAUUUAAGUUUUUUUGGCCAACAAAACACAACAUGUUUGCCAAAGCAACUUUAUGGUAAUUGUGUAAGCAAGCAGUUACUUAUCUACACAUCCGACAAUAUUGGCAUUCAUUUAGAGUCGUGCCUCUGGCUAUUUGACGAAUGUUAGUCCAGUAUUCACACUCUUUUAGCUCCAUUUUGGUCUUCACCAACACCUGAGAAAAAUAUCUGUCGCUAUAGCUGCUAAAUGCUCCACUAUGUUCACCAGUUCAUCUCUAACUGUGUCUGUCUGCUGUUUAGUGCUGGACAGGUCGUAUACAGUUAGUUUGUAAGAGCUUUUUUUCCUGAAAACAGCUGCCUGUUGUGGCAAAAUACUAAAGCAAUGACCCAAAAUAGACUAAAAGGCUCCCUAGAGCUGAGGGGACUACAGUGCUGAGUGAUUCUCUGUGGUUUUCGUCACAACAAGAACCCCUUUUACAUUAGACAUUAUCAUCCGAUCCAUAGUUUAUAUAAAAAAUAUUUACUGGUGCAGCUUUAAUGCUAAAAAAUAGUUGCACAACUAGAGAAGAAGCAUAAAGUGAGUUAAACUCACUCGGAAAUUUCACUUACACAGCAAUUUCUAGCUAGAGUUAGCUAACAAUAGCUAAUGUUAUGCACAAUAAACUAGUGGCCCAACUGGACCUAGUCAGACUAUAGCAGCAAAAGCCCUGAGUGUAUUGAAGAGUGUGUGUUUUAUUGUGUAUGAAUUCAACUUUUCAUUUGUAAGAGAAAAAUGUUUUUUCCUUCUUUGAAAAGUUACAUGGUCUCGCUUUAAAUCAAUGUUGGGUGUCGAGGAUGUUACUGCACAAUGGUCUAUUUAAAAUGUGCCACAAUUAAUGCAAUAUUUGUAAUGAAAUACUGUAAUGAGUUCCAGAAUAAAUAUUCUGCCUUUCUAAGCCGAA